CAUGGACAUAUUUACAAAGAGGAGGCACGCGGUUUCAUAUGGUUCCGAAGCGCGGUUUACAGCGCGAAACGCAGUUCUUUGAGCCAAAUGAAUGCGGAUAGCCGCCUGGGCCCGUCAAGCCGCACCAGCGCACGCCACUGCCGCACCUGCAGCAGCCGGGGCGCGCAGCUGUCUCCUGCAGCCGGUGCUGGCGGCUGCGGGGAGCUGGAGUCAGCACGCGCCGGCGGGCCGGCCGCCACAGCCGCGGCCCGUGCCGGCAUCAUGGCGGCCCUUGCGCCUGCUCUCCUUCCGCUCGUGCCGCGCAUCCGCCAGCCGGCCGGCUGCAGCAUUCCGCUGUGGGCGCUGGCGAAGGCUGGAGCUGCCAGCGACGGGCGUGUGGCGUCACAGCUGGCGCCGGCGCUGCUGCAGCGGCUGUUGGAUCCAGUGCUGCUGGAGGCGGCGAAGCCACAAGAGCUGUCGAACGCGCUGUAUGCCCUGGGCAAGCUGCGGGAGGACCACCAGCAGCGGGGCUCGGGCUGGGACCCCACCUCAUCGCCGUACCUGAACGCACUGGCGGGCGCUGUGGCCUCGCGGCUGCGUGCGGCGGAGGGGCACGGCUUUAAGCCGCAGGAGCUUUCCAACAGCCUGCGGGCGUGCGCCAAGCUGGGGUACCGAGACUCAGCAUUGCUGCUGCUGCUAUCGGAGGCGGCCGCAGCCCUUGCCCCGGACAUGAGUGCGCAAGACCUGGCCAACAGCCUGUGGGCGCUUGACGCCCUUGGCAGCACCGGACCGGAGUUUCGGGGGCUGAAGCUGGGAGGCCAGCAGUCCGAGCCGCUGGCGGCUGCAGUAGCAGCCGAGUGCGUGCGUCGGCUUCGGACAUUGAAGGAAGCUGAGGCAUUCAAGCCGCAGGGCCUGUCAAACAUCCUGCUGGCGCUGGAGGGUCUGCAGCUGGGAGGCCAGCAGUCCGAGCCGCUGGCGGCUGCAGUAGCAGCCGAGUGCGUGCGUCGGCUUCGGACACCGAAGGAAGCUGAAGCGUUCAAGCCGCAGGGCCUGUCAAACAUCCUGCUGGCGCUGGAGGGUCUGCAGCUGGGAGGCCAGCAGUCUGAGCGGCUGGCGGCUGCGGUAGCAGCGGAGGGUGUACAACGGGGCUUUGCCGGCUUCAACCCGCAAGCGCUCAGCAACUCGGCGUGGGCGCUGGCCAAGAUGGGGUAUGGGGCUGGCGCAACGCCGCAAGCCACGGAGCAGAGCCACUGGUACGCGGCCGCAGUGGCAGCAGCUGAGCGGCCCAGGGUCAUGGCCGGCGCCAAGCCGCAGGAGUGGGCCAACCUGCUGUACGCGCUGGCAUUGGUGCGCCACCAGCCGCCGCCCGCGCUGCUUGACGCAGGCGCCGUGGUGGCGAUGCAGCGAGGCAAUGCACAGGAAUGUGCAAACACGCUCUGGGCGCUGGCGGUGCUGCAGCUGCGGCACGCCGGCUUGGAGGCGGCGGUGUGCGGCCGGCUGGGCGAGCUGCUGCGGCUAGGCCCGGAGUCGCUUGUUGCACAGAACCUUUGCAAUAGCGUGUGGGCGCUGGCGGUGCUGGCAGGCGGCGGUGUCCCUGCUAGCCCGGCUGCAGCUGCGCUUGCCCCAGCGCUUGCCCGUGAGGCCGUGCGGCGCCGUGAGCAGUUCGUGGACAUGAGCGCGGAACAUCUCAGGCAGUUAUGGCAGGCGCAACAUGAGUUGGGCGGCGAGAUGGCGGAGGCGCUUGCCCGCAGCCCCGACCUGAAUGCCGCGAUGGAGGCGGCGGUAGCGGCCGAACGGGCGACGGGGUCGAACACCAGCAGUACGCAGAAGCAGGUGGCAAAGGCGCUUCAGCGACUGCUGCAGAAGGAUCUCCUGCCCAUUGUGUCCUUGCAGACGGAGCCGGUUGUGGAGGGCGUGCUGGGGCGUGUGGACAUUGUGGCGGACUGGAGCGAUGGGCGGAGAGUGGCCAUUGAGGUGGACGGUCCAGACCACUUCCUCACCACCCGCAAGGACGACCCGUACGCGGUAAUUGGUUCUACGGCCCUACGCAACCGACAGCUGCGGCGGGCGUUUGGGCGGGGCGGCCUGCUGUGUGUGCCGUACUGGGAGUGGGACAGGCGGAAGACGCCUUCCGCUCAGGAGGCCUACAUGCUGCAGCAGCUGCAGGAUCUGCUAUCGGGCGCUUCGUCAGGAGCAGCAGCAGGGGAAGGCAGCGCCGCCACCCCUCGCCGCAAGCAGCAGCGGACGAUUCCGCCGCAGCCGGAUACUGCCGGCAGCAGCAGCAUCACCACCGCCACCACCAGCACCACCGCUAGCAGCAGCCAGAAGAGGCGUGUUCUGGUUGUCCGCAGGACGGCGCCAAAGCAGGAGGCGGUCGGCACCAGCGGUGGGGCCGGAGGGGCCUCGGAUGCAGCAGCAGCAGCUACAGCGACCGCUGCGGCGGCCGGGGCUAAGUCGGUGGCCCCAGCCUGGCAGCAACAAGCGGAGGAGGCACAGCGGCUUCCCAGCAGUGGCGGUGCUGGCGAGGGCGGUGGAGACGGAGCUCCUCUGGCGCCGCAGCCUCCACCACCGCAGCAGCCGCGCGUGUCAGCGCCCCCGACGCGCAGCAGCAGCCGCCAAAGUGGCGGCGGCGGUGGCGGCAGUGACCCGGGAGCGGUGGUGGUGGCGGCCGCGGUCUCUGAGGGGCAGGCGGCGGUGGUGGCUGGGGAGGAGGGCUCUACAGCAGCACAUGUGGAGGAUGGUGGUGGUGGUGGUGGUGGUGGUGGUGGUGGUGGUGGUGGUGGUGGUGGUGGUGGUGGUGGUGGUGGUGGUGGUGGUGGUGGUGGUGGUGGUGGUGGUGGUGGUGGUGGUGGUGGUGGUGGUGGUGGUGGUGGUGGUGGUAGUGGCGGGGGCGGGGGCCUGCCCGCGGGCAGCAGGCGGAGGCGGGCGGUGGGGACUGGCAGGCGUGCAGCCUCGUCAAGCGUACCAGGAGCGGCUAUGUGAAAAGGUUGAAGCGUGGAUGUGGUUAAUGAAUGCGGAACAAACGUGCAUACGACUUGUGGUUUGUGCAGCGGUAUUCCUGGUGUCUUUUCCCAACGCACGUGUGUAUGGAGCAGUGAAUGCAACAUGCUACGGCGCGGCGCGAUGGGCUUUGGCUUUGUGUGCCGUGCAUUUGGUGCGUUGCCCAGCACGGUAGGCAUCUGUCAGGGCAGGUGAGCGGCCGUAGGGCCCAGGGGUGGCCAUACACGAGGUACAGGGGGGGCGGGGCGUGAAGUCGUGGAGUUGAGGCACCAACGCCAGCUAAGUAGUAACACGUGCACACACGGCGCGCCAAAUGCCUAACUGAUAAGGCCCACCAACAGUCCUCACACAGGACAGCCCCAGUCCUGCUGUGAUGAGUGUGUGAUGGGACAGGGUUCAAGGCAGGUUGGCGAGGUCCCGUAGGGUGCAGCUGAUGCCCAGACCCGUAAGCAGACGGCAAACAGUUUGCAGUGGCAGAGCAGAAGUGCAUGGCUGGUCGAACGCCGGCGUUACUGUACCGACAAGUUGCUGGCUGGCUGGAAGUUUGCUGAUACGCAUUCCUGUGAUGAGUGUGUGAUGGGACAGUGGUAAGGCAAGUUGGUGAAGUCCCGUAGGGUGCAGCUGAUUCCCAGAACCCAGCUCCAGUCCUGAUGUGAUGUGUAACCGCCUGUGCACAAGAUACGGGUGCUCCUGUGAAACCAGGCGCCCACUGGCCUAGUGCCAAAAGAAUGAAACCCUGUGGAAACGGUGCUUGGAUCUCGGAAUACAGCGCCGCAGCGGCUUGGGACCUGACAAGGCACAAGAACAGAGUAAUGAGUUUGAAGCUUACUGCAGUUACUGGUCAGCUGCGCUACACCCACGCGCUACACCGUUGGACGGACCGGACGGAGGACAGCGCCUGUCCCACCGGGGUGUGGGCGUGUGGCGCUCCGACGGACAGCGGCAGCCAUCGCCGAGCUGAUGGGGGAAGCGCAGGGCUCUGUAGAGAAGCCGCCCACCAGAGCGACUGAGCUCGUACACUGCAAAGUCACGCCCAAAUGAGCUCCAUCGGAUGUGACCACGACGCGCAUGAC